CAGAAUUAAUGGAUUUGAAUUUUUAUGAUAAUAAGGAAGCUGAAAAUAAUUUAUCUUUAAAUAAUCAACAACAAAUAGAAAAUGAAGAAAGUUCAGAUAUUGAUUUAGAAGCAAUUCUUAAUGAAGAAUUUUAA